AUGGACUGCGCCGGUGAUCGAGCCAACGGCCAGCGACAUGACUCAGCAGUGCUACCUGCAAGUGGCGGCGACGGAGACAGGUGCGCCGACAACGGCACCUGCACCUGUGGCAAGUGCGCCCUGGUGAUGUUGCUGACAACCACGGUCAUGAAUCAGGCGAUCAACUUCAUGAACUACGGCGUGUCGAGCUUGGUCACGUUGGCGCUGCCUGACAUAGCGGACGAAGACGUCUUCGACGAAUGGAGCGAACUGGAAGCUGUGGUGUCGCCGCAGUCGUCGAUCGUCACGCCACCGACUCAGCUGACGAACGCCACCUGUCCCGCAUUCGAGGAUGGCCCGUCCGGCAAUGAGCCCGAGUUCAAGUCUCUUCUGGUCAGACUCGUGCUGCUGCUAAUCGAACUGGUGAGCAUGAGCCUGGUGAUGGCCGUCCGAAACCGCGUGCUUCCCAGCUACGAGCGCCUCCACGAACUGGCCACGUCGCUCCUCUGAUAACGUGGCACCCUGCUAUCUCACGCUACGGGCUAUAUACUGCAUCCUUAUCAGUCCGUUGCUCCAUCCUUUUUCCAUGACCUCCUAAUCUUCUAUGCUUCCCGCAACUCCCCUGUCGGAGAUCAUCCCUUCCCUGGAACAUCGAAACUGCUGUGUUCGUGCACCUAAUCUCGCAUUACCGGCUUGUGUAUUGUCUUAUCGGUUUCAUCGUCAUCAUCCGCGCGCCAUUCUUCAGCUUAUCUCGUGCCACAGGGCUCCACUGUGUUGAAGACUCGUCACGUCUUAGAAGCCGAUACAACACCUAUGUGUGUGUGUGAACACUGCUUCUUUAACCUCUGAGACACCAAAAGUUUACCGAAGAAACUGGACUGGUACUGGUGUACAUGCACCGCGUAGUUGUUGGGAAAUCAACAACAGCGAGUUUUAAGUGAUGUCACAAGACUGCUUUGGCGUGGAAGUCAAGGACUCGAACGAAUCGUUCCCUGGUAUAAAAAAAGCCAAAGAAAAAUUGAAUAAUAAUUGAUUCAACCUCGUUCAUUCUAUGAGCGGAUUUUUUUAAAGCUUGAUGUGAACAAAUGUAG